GAUGGCGUAUUGGCGUGAACCCGCGAGCACGUCGCCAUCGCCAUAACCGCGACGCGACCAUAAAGAGAGAAGCCUAGCGAACCCCCGGCGGCAACCGUCCGUCCCCCUCGCGUUCGUGUGCUUUCAGUUCCCACUCCCUCCUCCCUCCUCGCCGCCCCCGCUCUCCUCCCUCUCCGCCGCGGACGGGCGCGGGCCCAGGCAGGCACCGACGGCGCCGUCGCGCAUGCAGGAGGCGGUGGCCGCGGCCGCGGCCGAGCCGGGCCGCCGGCCGGCGCAGCAGCAGCAGUUCGCGGGCGUCGACCUCCGCCGGCCCAAGGGCUACGCCGCGCCGGCGGCGGGCCAGCCUGCGGAGGGGGAUCCCUGCCCGCGGUGCGCGUCGCGGGACACCAAGUUCUGCUACUACAACAACUACAACACCUCGCAGCCGCGCCACUUCUGCAAGGGCUGCCGCCGCUACUGGACCAAGGGCGGCACGCUGCGCAACGUCCCCGUCGGCGGCGGCACCCGCAAGAAGCCCUCGUCCUCGCCGCCCUCGUCCUACGCGGCCGCCGCCAACUCCGACAAGCCCAGGAAGCCGUCCAAGAAGAAGCGCCGCGCCGUCGCCCCGCCCCCGGAGCCCGCUCCAGCCGCCACCGCCGCCGCCGCCGCUGCAGCAGCCACCGACGCCCCCAAGACGGAGACGAUCGAGGCGACGACGGCGACCACGACGACGACGGCGACACCGGCGACGACCGACCCCGCGAGCGAGAUCACCACGGAGCUCGUGGUCCCGGCGGCGGCGGAGGAGGAGGACUCCCUCGCCCACCUGCUGCAGCCGGACGUCGCGCUGGGGCUCGGCAUCUCCGAAUUCCCGGCCGGGAAGGGGCUGGACGUGGAGCCGGACUCGUUCGAGUGGCCCGCGGCGUUCGACCUGGGCGCGUGCUGGGGCAGCGCCGGGUUCGCCGACCCGGACCCCGCCGGCCUGUUCCUCAACCUCCCGUGACGGCGGACACCGCGUCGUGCUCCGGGCCGUUCUGCGCGCCGGCUCCUACGCCGGCUGCUCAGGUGUGGGUUUUGCGACCGACCUGAUCAACGGUUCUCUUCUUUGCAGCUUAACUAGUGGUACAUGAUAACAUGCUUUGGGGUAUAUGAUAUGAUCGUGACGACGACGACGACCUUGAUUUUAGCUUUGUUUUUGGGAGGUCAACUAGUGGCUAACUCUACAGCUCCGGGGUGGUGUUUCAUCUGUCUAUAGACUGAGCUUUGUUUGAGCUUCUUCUUAAAUGGUUAUGCACAAGUUCAUUUUCUUU